CCUCCCAGCCCCGCUCUGCCUGCUCGCCGGAGCGGAGAGCGGCCCGCGCGCCAGCCCUUGGCAACCUCGGAGCAGUCGGGCUCCGGGAGGCAACUCCUUGGGAGCGCCCUGUCCAGGGUGCCCUCUGCGCUCUGCAGUGUCUUUCUCUCUGCCUGGGAGGAGGAGAAGAAGGAGGAGGAGGACGACGACGACGACGUCUGGUCCGGGCUGGGAGGUGGAGCAGCGGCAGCCGCCGCCGCCGCCGCCGCCGCCGCCGCCGGAAAGGGAGAGGCAGGAGAGAUCGAGACUUGGAAACCCCAAAGUGCCCGCGACCCUGCACGGCAGGCUCACGGCAGGCUCCCUUCCAGCUUCAUGGGCAAAGUGUGGAAACAGCAGAUGUACCCUCAGUACGCCACCUACUACUACCCCCAGUAUCUUCAAGCGAAGCAGUCUCUGGUCCCAGCCCACCCCAUGGCCCCUCCCAGCCCCAGCACCACCAGCAGUAAUAACAACAGCAGCAGUAGCAGCAACUCAGGAUGGGACCAGCUAAGCAAAACGAACCUCUAUAUCCGGGGACUGCCUCCCAACACCACGGACCAGGACCUGGUGAAGCUGUGCCAGCCAUAUGGGAAAAUAGUCUCCACGAAGGCAAUUUUGGAUAAGACAACGAACAAAUGCAAAGGUUAUGGUUUUGUCGACUUCGACAGUCCUGCAGCAGCUCAAAAAGCUGUGUCUGCCCUGAAGGCUAGUGGGGUUCAAGCUCAAAUGGCAAAGCAACAGGAACAAGAUCCUACUAACCUAUAUAUUUCUAAUUUGCCACUGUCCAUGGAUGAGCAAGAACUUGAAACUAUGCUCAAGCCAUUUGGACAAGUUAUUUCUACAAGGAUACUACGUGAUUCCAGUGGUACGAGUCGUGGUGUUGGCUUUGCUAGGAUGGAAUCAACAGAAAAGUGCGAAGCCGUUAUUGGUCAUUUUAAUGGAAAAUUCAUUAAGACACCACCUGGAGUUUCUGCUCCCACAGAACCUUUAUUGUGUAAGUUUGCGGAUGGAGGACAGAAGAAGAGGCAGAACCCAAACAAAUACAUCCCUAAUGGAAGACCAUGGCAUAGAGAAGGAGAGGUGAGACUUGCUGGAAUGACACUUACGUAUGACCCAACCACAGCUGCUAUACAAAACGGAUUUUAUCCUUCACCAUACAGUAUUGCUACAAACCGAAUGAUCACUCAAACUUCUCUCACACCCUAUAUUGCAUCUCCUGUAUCUGCCUACCAGGUGGCAAAGGAAACCAGAGAAAACAAGUAUCGGGGCUCUGCUAUCAAGGUGCAAAGUCCUUCUUGGAUGCAACCUCAACCAUAUAUCCUACAGCACCCUGGGGCCGUGUUAACUCCCUCAAUGGAGCACACCAUGUCACUACAGCCUGCAUCUAUGAUCAGCCCUCUGGCCCAGCAGAUGAGUCAUCUGUCACUAGGCAGCACCGGAACAUACAUGCCUGCGACGUCAGCUAUGCAAGGAGCUUAUUUGCCACAGUAUACACAUGUGCAGACAACGGCGGUUCCCGUUGAGGAAGCAACUGGUCAGCAGCAGGUGGCUGUCGAGACGUCUAAUGACCAUUCACCAUACACCUUUCAACCUAAUAAGUAACUGUGAGAUGUACAGAAGGGUGUUCUUACAUGAAGAAGGGUGUGAAGGCUGAACAAUCAUGGAUUUUUCUGAUCAAUUGUGCUUUAGGAAAUUAUUGACAGUUUUGCACAGGUUCUUGAAAACGUUAUUUAUAAUGAAAUCAACUAAAACUAUUUUUGCUAUAAGUUCUAUAAGGUGCAUAAAACCCUUAAAUUCAUCUAGUAGCUGUUCCCCCGAACAGGUUUAUUUUAGUAAAAAAAAAAACAAAAAAAAACAAAAAAACAAAAAAAAAACAAAACGAAAGAUUUUUAUCAAAUGUUAUGAUGCAAAAAAGAAAAAAAAAAGGAAAAAAAAAAGUAAGAAAAAAAGAAAAGAAAAAGAAAACUUCAAUUUUCUGGGUAUGCACAAAGACCAUGAAGACUUAUCCAAGUGCAUGACCAGAUUUUUGUGGUUUUGUCCAUUUUUGUGUUGAAUUUGCGUUUUCUUCAGCUGUAUGAAAUGGGCUCUGAAGUUUAAGUAGUCCGACCUCCCCCAUGGCGUUCUGUGCUUGCCGUGUGAGUGUCCCUGUACUCAGUGUUGCCCUCCGCGUCUCUCUUCUUAGCUUUUCCGUUUUACUUUCAACGUAGUGUGAAGUGUCUUCUCCUUUUCUAUGAAUUCCAAUUUGCCUUAACUCCUUUGAUGCUGUAGCUGUUUCAGUAAAAGUUAGUUCAAACUAAUGAUGUAGAACGCUUUGACCAAAUGAGCUGGUCUAUUAUGCCUUGUAAAACAGCAGCAUAGGGCUUUUAAAAGGUAGUCAAUAAAAGUUGCUGAAAUUUUGGCUUUUUUAAAUAUGUAGUAGGUGUUUUUAAUGAUUUUUCACAUGAUGUGUAAGGUAGUGAAAUGCAAGAAGGGAAAAAAUGUUUUGUGUGAAACACAUUUUCUGACUGGGGAACUUUUAAUAGGGUAAAUUGUUUGUAAGGCUGUAUGCCAACAGUUUCCUCUGAUAGUUUGACUGAUUUAGGAUAUCUGCUGUAUGAUGCAAUGUAAAGUCUUUUUUGCCUUUUUUCAGGAAAAAAAAAAACUAACUCGAUGUUCUAGAUUUAGUGUAGGUAGCGUUGGGGCUGGGGGUGGGGGGCGGGGGCGGGGAGUCACCGAAUGUUUUGUCCUUCCUUUAUACUAAUGAUAGUGCUUUAGAAUGAGAAUUCUGCCUGAGAUCUGGCAAAGCGAAAAACGUUGCUAUUGCAACUAAAUGGCAAAAGCUAAAAGUAAGGAUUUUAUCUUCAAACCUAAGCUGAGAUAUGAAUAGAAGCAAAACGAUUGGCUACUCGCUCUCUCUAUUACAUAAAUUUGAGAAAUAAAAAUUACUUGGCACUUUUAAAGGUAACUUCACCAAAGACCGAAGAGCCAGUAACCAGUUGCUCCACCUUGUCUCAGCGUCAUAUCUUCUGUGCUCUUUAUUUUUGCCGGACCAGUUUGCGGUUAGGAGAAUGUGCCUUUUUUGUACCUUUGCAUUUAGGUUUUAUAAUUUUAACUGAUGUAUGGACACACCCAAACAAAAAAAAAAAGCAUGAAGGAAGAUUUGGAUCCAAGCAGUGCCACACUUUACAUCAUCACUACAAGUAUUCAGUGUAAAGAGAAACCAAUUUUGAAACUAUGAAAUUCCUGAUUCAUAAAUACACGGUUAUUUCUACUUUAGUACAUCUAAGGUGAUUCACUGUUCUUAAAGCUCUUUUAGUGAGACGAUUGCAUACGUUUGAAAAGCAACGGUAAAUUAAGUUGUCUUCCAAAACUGUGUACUUGUCUGGUCAACGGUGUGUGAUCAGUUAUCUACCUCAGAGUCUAUUUUCUUUUGUGCUGGGACAGGUUGCUGGCCCUCCCUGUUUCCACAGACCAAAUCCUCCUAGCUCAGGAGCUAGGGCUGAGCAGUUAUUUCUUUCGAGUAUUUUUUAGUUCUUAAAUUUUAUGCUUGUAUUUGAUUAUAGAUGUCAGUGACAUUUCAUAGUUUCAAAAGUCCUUGCUGCUCUGAGAAGUGUAGAUUCUAGUGAAAAUUACAUAGUCCUAAGAGAAAUGUGUUUUGUUUUUGUUUUUGUUUCCUUUUUUAAAGUUGUGGUAUUAAUUGGUUCUAUGCUCCCUGGAAUAUUACUGCUUUGUGAAAGUCCAGACUGAACGCAGCGCCCUCCUUGUACCUAAUACAUUUAUAAACCUGGGUCUCUCACUACUUGAUAUUUUUGCAUUAGUUAAGACAGAAAUUUGAUAGCUCGGUUAGAGGGGAGGGGAAAUCUGCUGCUAGAUAUGUCUGAACUAAGUGCCAUACUCGUCUGGGUAAGAUUUGGGAAACAUAACCUCUGUACAUAAAAAAAUAAAAAUAAAAAAAAAAUCAGUUAAACAUCACAUAGUAGACAGCCAUUAAAUUAUAAAAAAAAUUAAUUUAUGAAGAAAGACCUUUUGUACAGAUUGAAAAAAAAAGAUUUUCAUAGAGAUAUCUAUAUGAUCAAGAGAGUUAAUUUUUUAUUUUUGUUUUACUAGUGCCACAAACUUGCCAGUGGUAACUUAUUUGUCCGGUUCAAGAUAACUCUGUAGUUUUCUUUCCUAGGACUUGUUGUUAAACGCCAAAAGACAUUUUUGAACUGUACAUUUGAUCAGAUUGUUAGCUUUUUCUGUUUUAUUUCUUUUGAAAACCUUUGAAUAAAAAACAUCUGAAAUUUUA